AUGUUCUCGACAUUUACCGGCAAUUCGCGGCGCCCCCGAAACGUCAACCUCAGUGGUUCUACCGGGAACCCUUUUGCCAACACCUCAUGGUCACCAUCUGCCGUUUCAAACACUACAAAGACCGUGUCGAAUGCCCAAGCCGAGCGUGAAAAGCGACAAGUUGAACGAACGAAAUUAAAGGCUGCUGGGAAAAUACAACGAACAUGGAGGGGCUAUAAAAUAAGAGCAGAGUUAAGGGGAUCUCAGAGGGAUGCCUUCGAUGCCCUAUAUAAGCCCGGAUCCAACCCAACACCAUCUGAAAGACUUCCUGAAGCAUUUACUCUGCUUCUAUCUUUCUUCGCCUUGCGACGAGAUGACGACAUUCAAAGAGCUAUCUGUUAUGCGCACGAUACUGAGUCUGUGGAUCUCCGACAAAUUGCACCACCGCAUGUGCACCCCUCGCGAAUAGAACAACUUAUCCGACUGCUUCUAUCUGCACUUGAUAAAUCCGUUUCAGCAAGAAACCUUUCCAAUGAUACACAUCUCAUUUUCAAGCUUGUCAUCCGCCUGGUGACAAGUUAUCCCGACUUGGGUCUCGUCGCGAUCGACAAUUACUAUAACGUGGUUAGCAAAGCCAUCACUAGCCCCUUCGAGGCUGCUUCUUCAGAAGCAAUUACACAAGUAUAUCAUGCCUUUGCGUUCUCGUUCUUGACCAAAGAAAACCUGAAUUUCUUCGAAGAAAACGUUUCAGAUGUAUCCAAUACAAUUCGCUUCUCUCGGUUGGCAAGGGCGAUAGUGGACGGAUUGCCAUCAACCACAAGCCCGGGGUAUUCCCAAGAUGCCCAACUCUGGCAGCUCGCUCAUUUCAUUGAUAUCAGUCGCUUCAGCGCCGACUCCAGCCACGACACAGGGAUCUUGGAAACACUCUACACUCAACUUUCGACCCUCUCCUCUUCUAUCAGUAUUCGGCUGUCGGCUUCUGUUAAGACAUACGAGGACGACGAGAAUGAGUCCGAAGAGCCACUCGCUUUGCCGCUUGAUCCUUAUGUUUCUUCUCAAUUAUUGUCUUUGGUGGACACCAAAGGCAUCUUACAAACCUUGCACGACUUUUCUACCCGCCUGGCGGGAUCUUCACGACAAGAUUACCAGAGCACAAGCUUUCUCGCAGGAUACAUCUUGACUCUGCUUCGAUGCUUUCCUUCGAAAAGUGACGAUAUUCGAAUGCGCCUCUUUCUCGAAGAAAUCCCUACACUAACGGGUAAUGUCCCAACCAUCAAGUUUCUCUGGCAAAUGAUGGUUAAGACAACUGUCUUCCACAAGUUGAGGACAGAGUCAGAGCCGCCUCUCGACAUCCUACGCAGAUAUCUUGGUGCAACGACUGGAAACGCAGAUUCUACCGACGAGGAGCAAGACUGGCGAAUCAUCCUCUUAUUCCUUGAACUCUACGUCUUCAUCCUUCGUUUGAGCGACGACGAGGACUUCUUCUAUGGCAUUUACCCACCAGUCAUUCAGCAAGCCCCGUCUCCUUCCCGCAUUCGACCUUGUAGUCUAUCACUGGAAAAUGUCGAGAUGCUAACAGGUUUCCUAAAGAACACUGCCUUCACACUUCAUUACAAGGCACAAGAACUCUCCAGAUCGCGGAAUGAUUUGGAGGCCGCUUCCCAACAUCGCGUAGAUACUUAUUUCAGUACUGGAGGACCAACCGCAACGAGCCAAGGGCAGGGCGCACGUUCGUCCAAAAGUCCAACAAGCCUAGAUAUUGACAGCUUACGGAACAUUGUGACAUCAGCAAUGAAAAUGUUAUACGAGCGAGACUCGAGGAAACAGUUCUUGCCUACAGAUCACUGGCUCAUGACGUCAAAGCUUGAUCAGGGAGUAUUCAUUGCUGCCGUUAUUGCAGAAGAAAAGCGACAGAUCGAGGAGGAUUCGGACGAUAGUGACGAGGAUAUGGAAAACGAAUACGGUAGCGUUCCAGGCUUCUAUUCGACCAUGGCCGGUCAGCGAUUGUCACGGCACGCGAGACUUGAGCGAUUGAAGGCUCAGCAAGUACGAAUCCAAAAGGAGCGUCGACUAGCUGAAAUGGGGCCGAAGCUGGAGAUAUUGAAACACAUGCCCUAUGCUGUUCCCUUUGAGACCCGCGUCAUGAUCUUCCGCCAGUUCAUCAAUCUAGAUCGAGCUCAGAGAGAUGAUGAAAACCCGAGGUCCUUUACGCCGUACGCCAGACACCAUGCACAAAUCUCUCGGAAGCGACUCUUUGAAGAUGCAUUUAAUCAAUUCUACGAGAUGGGGGAUGGCCUCAAAGACCCUAUUCAAAUUACGUUUGUCGAUCAGUUCGGUGCUCAAGAGGCUGGAAUUGAUGGCGGCGGUGUUACAAAGGAGUUUCUCACCAGCGUGACGACGGAAGCGUUUGGUUCCAACAGUGGCAAGGGCAUGUUUGCAUCGAGCGAAAAUGGACUACUCUUCCCCGAUCCUAUAGCGCUUGAUGUUGUCCGUGAAGAGCUCAAGAUGCGCGGAUAUUCGGAGACUGACAACGAGUACCGAGAUUGCAUUGCGAAUUUACUCAAACGCAUGGAAUUCCUUGGCAGAAUCGUAGGCAAAUGCAUGUACGAAGGUAUCCUCGUCGACUUGGCCUUUGCUGGCUUCUUCCUCCUCAAAUGGGCGUCAACAGGCCCCAACGACGAGAAGAACUAUAAAGGCAGCGUCAACGAUCUUCGUGACAUGGACGAGGGGCUCUACAAUGGAAUGCUACGACUCAAGAAUUAUCCGGGAGACGUUUCAGACCUAGGCAUUGACUUUACGAUUGCAGACCAGAUCUCACCGCCAGGUGACCCAGUCAAGACUGUUACCAAGAAACUCAUCGCCAAUGGCGACCAAACCUACGUUACGAACGACAACCGACUGCUGUACAUCUCGUACGUUGCUCGACAUCGCUUGAUAGUGCAACCAUCUAUACAAACUACAGCCUUCUUGAGCGGUCUACGCUCCAUCAUCCGACCCAACUGGCUGUCUAUGUUCAAUCAGUCAGAGCUACAACGUCUGGUGGGUGGUGACUCGUCUGAGAUCGACAUUGAAGAUCUCCGUCAGCACACAGUCUAUGGGGGUUUGUAUGAAAUUGGUGACGAUGGACAAGAGCACGACACUAUCAAGAUAUUCUGGAAAGUUAUGCGCAGCUUCACAGAUGCCCAACGUCGUGACGUGCUCAAGUAUGUCAGUUCGACACCACGAGCGCCUUUGUUGGGCUUCUCACAAUUGAGGCCAAAAUUCAGUAUUCGCGAUGGAGGCUCAGAUGAGGAGAGACUACCGAGCGCAAGCACAUGCGUCAAUCUUCUCAAGCUGCCGAUAUAUACUUCGGAAGCGACACUUCGGGAGAAGAUGCUCUACGCCAUACAGUCGGGAGCAGGUUUUGAUUUGAGUUAA